GCUCAUCGACAGCAUCGCACCAAGACGCUGCAUGGGUGCGGCCUUUCUGCGAUCUUGCAUUUGUCGCGAUCGCUGAUUGGCUGAAAAGUCGUCGAAAUGCCACUCGAGCGCUUGACGCCGGACCUCGUCCGCGAGAUCGCGGCCGAGUACCCGACCUUGAGCAACCUCAACCUAUCGCGCAAUGAGAUCCGCGCGAUCGACUGCGACGUCUCGGCGCUGGCGUACGUGAGCCGCCUGAACCUGAGCCACAACCAGCUCACGUGCCUGCCACCGACGCUGCCCCGCCAGCUGCCGCAGCUCGCGCACCUCCUCCUCGCGCACAACCGCAUUCAGUCUCUCGAGUGGCUGCAGUCGGCAACCAAGUUGACCAAGCUCGAUCUCGCGUACAACGACCUCCAGCACAUCGACCAGCUCGACGCGCUCCGUGGACUGCCGCUCCUGACGCACUUGACACUCGAGGGCAACUUCCGCCUCGACGAGUCGCCCAAGUACCGUGUGGCCGUCGCGACAAAGUUGCCGCAAUUAACGACGCUUGAUGACACACCUUUAACGGACGAGGAGAAGGACGCAGGAAGACAAGCACGCGAGCCAGCCGAGGCCCCGAGCUACCGCCCGACGUUGCGCCAACCCGAGCCAACGUCCUUGACGAGUCCAAAUGUCAAGCCCGUCCCGCUGGCCAUUAAACCAUCCAACGAGACGAUCGCUUUGCUCGAGGACCGAGUGUCUGCGCUCCAAGAAGUGCUUCGACUCCAAGAAUCGCACGUCGUUGCUACUACAACUGGGCCCGCGUCGGCGCCGACGUACGAGCGACUCCUCACGCAGUGGCGCACCAAGGUCUUCGAGCUCCUUGUGGCUGCCAAACGGUCCGAGGCGCUUCAAUAUACCGUGCAGCAGCGUGUUUCGAGCCAGCACCUCUCGAUCGAGUCGCAGCUGGCGCACACGACGCAGCAAAACCAAGCGUUGGAGCAGCGCUUGGUGGAUGCCCGCGCCGCCAUCAAGCUCCAUGAGCUCCAGACGUCGCAGCUGCGGCAAGAGAAGGCGCUCACCGAAGCCAAGCUGGCGAAAACGGUCUCGCGGCUCCAAGACGAGCGCGCCCACUUGCGAGCGACGAGCCACGCUGUCUUGGCCUUGCACCAGGACGACGGUUUGGUGACGCAGCUGGAGCAUGCGUUCACGCGCUUGCACGAGUUCAACGAACGACUGGAACGGCUUCUGCGGACGGUUGAGCUCGCGUUGGUCGCGCUCCAGCGUCAGUAUGUGCGCCUGCGCAACCAGCAAGCAGCCAUCGAAGCGGACAAGCGGGUGUGGAUCAAGCGGCUCCAGAAGCGCCCUCGCGCCGCCACGGAUGAGCUUACGCUGCAGCCCGUGCGACUCCGCAACAGCAUGGAGGAGGUCCUCCGCGCCGCGUUCCGCCGCCUCGAUCCGUACGACACGGGCUUGGUGCACGCGGCCAAGUACCUGCAAACCAUCAAGCGCGACGUCUGCGUGCGCAACACCGUCGGUGGCCCCGCGGUCCUCGCGCAACUCACCGAGCAAAUGGAGACGGCGCUGGUGAAGCUGUAUCCGACGUCGCAUGCGACCGUGCACUGGACGUGGGGCGAGUUCCUCCUGGUGUUUCUACCCGACCUCUCGGACGCGCCGGCGCCACUGCCCAACGUCGCUAUGGUGGAUGACGUGCCUGUUGCCUUUGACGAGACAAGUCACGAUGACGUGGUCCGUAAACCGACGGUUGAUUUUAGCGCGUGGCCGCGUGACGCGCUGGAAGCGCACGCGCGUCAGCUCGAAAACGAGCGCGCCUUUCUCGUGGCUCGCCUUCAGGAAGAUGCGCGGGAGCUCCAAGGACGCGUCGUCAAGGUGCAGUGCCAGUGGCAAGCCAAGACGGACGAUCUUGCACGAGCUUUGGCGGCGCUCAAGACAACGAUGCAAGAGUCCGAGACGACGCGCGUCUUUCGUGAGACAGAGCUCGCUCAGGUCAAGGCGGAGCUUGCGCAACUCCACGCCACACAUGCCGACCAAGUGCGCGAGCUUGAGGCGCAGUGUUCUAACCAGCGCAUCGAAUGGGACCGUCGCGUGGCCGAGAAAGAUGCGCUGCUUCGAAAGAUGCAGAGCGACCAUUUGCUCGAGAUACAGGACCGUCUCGACCAAGUGCGCACGAUGCAGAAGGACAAUACGAAGCAGGAGCUGCACAUUCGCCAGCUCGAGCGGCAGUGGGCCCGCGCCCAAGACCAAGCCGAGGCCAACGAGUCGGCCAAAGUCGAGUCUCUGACGCGCAAGUUGGAAAAGCGAGAGGCCGAGCUCAUGAAGGUGCGGCGGGAACGCAACGCGUUGCUGGCGACGCUGCGGGACCAGGAGAAGAAGCCGCGUCCUCGCUCGAUCGAGAUCGAGCCCGCAACCCCGCGCACCAACAGUGCUAGCGAGCGCCUACAGCCCCAACCACCCCAAGAAAUGGUGGCCGAUGCGCCGAUUGCGAGUCGCUUGGAAGCGCUGUCGAGCAUGGCCAAGUCCUGGCUCACGAGCGACGACGACGAUGAUGCCAUCUUCAGCGGCCCCGAGGUCUAAGAAGCAUAAAGGAAGCUGCUCUUCGCCUCGUGCCAGUCACCUACAAAGGCAAGCACCACCCUCGCUCACACCAUUAGCCGUCCAUUCCGACAUGCAUGGCGAGGGAACUCGUAUGCUAGGAUCGUUCGAUUAUAUUUCAAUGUCUCGGCGCUGCGGUGGCCGAAUGUGACGCAU